AUGAAGCCAACAAAGAUUGUGCUCCGAAAGGAUCUUGAUAACUACCUUCUUGAGUAUCUAACGCGUCGACAAAAACAUUCUUCGUUUACAGAAAAUCGCCAAAAGGAACACGCUUCAUAUUUUGUGACCUUGCGAAAUCUUAGAGACACUGCAUUCAAUUUUAAAAAGGAGAUCGCUAUGAAAAAUUUUGAGACUGAUGUGAACAUAAAGUUUCGGGGGCUAUAUGGAAGAACGGAGAUCGCGGUUGAGAAAGUGUCUGGUGUCAUUCCUCAAUGUUCGCUAGCAAAAGAAUGGCGUGAUAAGCUAAAACUUGCGAGAUAUCUGGUACCACGCACAAAAAGAGCUGCAAGGCGUUGA